AUGUCUUCCCCUAACUCAGGCCACCCUCCUUCUGACCUCGCUUCACCCUUCCCCUUCCGCAUCUCCCAUCUGCCUCACCCUGACAGGCCCCGCCUCCCCAGGCCGUCGGUCGACACCACCAACCUCCACUCCCAUCUGCCCGUGCCCCUCCACUCUACCUACAAUCAUCGUCCCUCCCACCCCUCCUCGCCGCAAUCAUCCUGGGACUCGCGCAAGCGCCCGCACAGUGCUGUAGUGCGUAUCCCCCAGCAUCGCGGUAGCAGGAAGCGCUUCAGGUCCAUAUCGUGUUUGCCGACCAUACCAAGCGCACCAGACGAAGAACCAAUGUCUUACCAGUGGCAGAACAACAACUAUGGGACCGAGGCGGUCGACUUUUCGCCAGAGCAGCUGAAUCAGCAGGACGAAAAGAAGCAGUCCGAGUACCCGAGUGGCCAGGGCAUGCUCGACCUCUCUGGCGUCUUUUUCAACAACUCGGACCUUGUCUCAAAUGGCAGCAGCAAUAAUACCGGCACGAAUAGCACCGGCAGCUUUGCAGAGAUGCCGCCUCCGUCAUACAACUAUCGCCCGUCCCUGGCUUUAGAUACGAGUGGUGGGUAUAUGAAUACGCAAUCUCAGUCGCCAUACUCGGCUCCCUCAACAGGGCUUGGGAUUGACCAGGGGCCAAGUCAGGAGAGUAGCUCCCUGGAAACGCCGGGCAACUAUCAGGCGCCCAAUAUACCUUACGUCCCUCAGUAUGGUUUUAUCCCGCAAUCGAUGGAUUAUGGGUCAUCUCAGAGCUCAAACGACAUUCCUUCUCCCCAACCCCAUCACGGUCUCGACGUCUUUCCCCAAAGCAUGCUCCCAAGCUUCUUCUAUCCCACGCCUGUCUCUGAGCAUGGUGCUCCUGAGAACGCCUUGCAUCAUACUGUACCGCAACCACUCCCUCAGACGCAGGGCCUACCACAUAUCGGCACCAUCUCUCCCUCUGAACUUGGGACGCAUCAGCCACUGAAGCCGACAAAAAGCUUUAGUGAUCUGAUGAUGGGUAGCCGGGCGAGCUCGUCAUCGAGUUUGUGUUCGCAGGAUGUGCCGGAUAGCGGAAGUGGGUGGGGAGGGGGAGGGGUGCUGGACGACUGGGCAAGGCCCCUGAGUAGAGCCUUGCCACCGUCAGCGGCUAGUUCGAACGGGCCAACUGCCAAGGCGGACCAGGCGUAUCCCCCUGCCAACACUACAGGCAAGCGGCCGUCCUUUAGCGCCUCGCCUCUGCGGAAUUCGUCCUUUUCUCCAACCUCUGUCGGGAGCGGUGAUACCGACUCGGUUAUCAGACAAUACAUCCGCUCGUCUAAUCGUCUUGGAAUGGGUGAAAGACGAAUCAUCGUCAUGAGCCCCAAAGUGGGACAGAAAAGUUAUGGUACAGAGAAACGAUUCCUUUGCCCGCAUCCGCAGGCAAUGCUCGUUGGCUCUGGCUGGUGGACCAGGUCUCCAGAUGGCUCGGUGGUCUCUCCUUUCCAACCGCCUCGUGUCAAUAUCAGUCUCACGGCUGAGAUACCAGUCAAGGACGCCGCUAUCAGCUGGACAGAUCUGGACGGCUUCAAUAUCGACGAAAAGAUCAAUACAAACGGCAUGGGGCCGGAUGAUAGACCGUUUUUGGGAUGUGUGGCGGGAAAGAAUUUACAUAUAAGUGAUCAAGAUCCAAAGAGGAAGGAUGUGAGAGCGCUGGUCACGGUGAGAGCACCGAUUGGUCGAUACGGGGCCAAUGGGUGGGGCCAGAAGGGGGGCAAGGAAGGGGCAGGGGAAAAUGUGAUUGGAGUUUUUGAGAGUAAAGAUAUCAAGAUCAUUAGCAAGCCGAGUAAGAAAAGGUCUACGGCGAAAAGCAGCGAAUUCAUUAUUAACCACGGCACAACUAUCGCCUUGUUCAACCGGAUGAAAUCACAGACUACCUCCACCCGCUACCUCUCCGUCACUCCCGACUUUACUUGCAUGCCCGGAUCUGACGGCCGACCAGUCCCUGGCGCGAAACCACCCUCGCGCUCGCACGCCCAUGACGGUGUUCCAGGUUUCACGGUCGACAGUGUCAUCUGGGAGUCGUGGAUCAUCUGGCUCGUCGACCCUUCCUUGCCAUCAGGGCCUAGUGGAAGACGGCCUCCGAGCCCAGGGUGGCCGAGUCCGCCCGCAAACACAAUUCCGACCACCAUUUUGCACCCUGCUAUCCGAUACAACUCGACUGUAGUGCUGCAGUCUUUGCAAACGGGAGCUAUAUCUCCAACUCUGGUGAUCCGACGUAUAGAGUCGGACGCAGAUGCGGUAGGCAUGGACGGUAUCCAUCAGGAUGGGCAUGCGGUUUUCCCGCCUGGGGAGCUUGGUAGCGAUCUCGUGUCGCAACUGCAAAAGGUUGCUUUUGAGAUAUAUGAUCCCUCCACGUCGGAAAGGUUCCAGAGGGACUCCAAAUAUGGAGGACAGUGGCUGUCCUGCGUGCACGACUCUGUCAAGCAGCAUAAUGUCAAAGCUGAAAGACGGUGGGCCACCGUCCCCGUCACGGCUGCGAGCAAGAAUGGUUCCAAAGCCAGCAGUCUCCCCUCUACACCCUCAAGCCCCGUGAGCUCUUCAUCCUCGCUCGACUACUUCGGCCAUCAAGCCCAAAGAUCAUCGGGACAUGCACACCCUCUGAUGUCUCCCGGGAGUGGAGAGGUGCCUUUGCCUUCUACGGAUGGCGGGCCUGUUAGGAGACAGAGGACAGCGUCUGUGGGGAAGGGGCCCUUGGCGAGGCCGAUGCAUAGGAAGAGGCCGUCGGUGGAUUCCGCAGGAUCAGGUUCUUACGAGUACCUGCCGACGAUGGCCGAGGCCAUGAGUGCGCAAGAGGAUCAUUCACCAAGGAUGUUUUGGACGAUGCCUGUGGGAGACAAUGCUGUUUGGAGUAUCAUCGGCGUGGAACAAGCGUCAUACACAUUCUACACACCACCCAUGACCUCUUACGAAACCUUUGAACCCGUCGCACCCUUCCCUGUGGCUCAUCGACUGUUACCGUCCAACCUCAGCGCCGAGACGCCGAAAGAGUAUGCGCAUCACUACACCUCCGUUUCCAACACUCCCCUCGUCACCAUGUAA